AUGCAGGAUCCAACUACCCCGUCCAAGCCGCCGUCAUCCCGCCAGCCCUCAUCCCUGGCUUGUGUAUCCUGUCGCCGCCGCCAUUUAAAGUGCGAUGCCCUUCUGCCAGCCUGUACUCGCUGCCAGUCCACCAAUGCAGAAUGUCAUUAUGUACGGUCGAGGCGAGGAUUGCGUACCAAACCGAGCAACCAAUCCCCCCAGCGCUUCGACGAUCAAAUGUUGACUGCAGACGAUUUUGCUACCUGGCUGAAUGCCACCACGCUAGCAACAGACUUGGAGGCAGAUCCGGCACUUCUCCAUGGACUUGAAACGCCCCCAGUAUGGGAUAUUCCUUGCCUCCAGGAUGAUACAACCACAACUGCCUGGCCCGAGCCGGAGCCGCUCGCAACAGUAACCCCUGAGAUAGCUUAUGAUCCAAUGGUGCAGCUAUAUUAUCAAAACUUUCACCGGUCACAUCCUUUCUUGAUACCGAGAAAGGUCCUUCAUUCUUCUCUUCGGCACCGAAUACCCCCAUAUCUCACAGGCAUCAUGCGUUACAUUGGCGCACAUUACUACCCUGAUGUAAGAUUCAAAGAGGAAUUCCGGCGGGUGGCGUACACGGUCCUAUCCGAUACCACUCGGGAUGGGUUCAAAGUGCAGGGACUGUUGCUACUUGCAAUCAUUGAGCAUGCCCAUGGCCAAGAGGAGAAUGCGCACUUGAAAGUCCAACUGGCUAUUGAUCUCAGCCUGGAGCUGGGAAUGAACCGCGCUAGUUUCGCUCCCAUUAACUCUGAAGGCAGUUCGGUUCUUGCUGAAAGCUGGCGGAGGACGUUCUGGGAGCUAUAUGUUGUAGACGGGUUAUUGGCAGCUAUGCGAGAUCAAAGCUCGUAUCGUCUAUAUUCCUAUAAGGCAGACGUGCGACUGCCUUGUGCUGAGGAGCUUUAUAACUCCGCAAAUCACGCCAAAUACACUAACUCUGAACGAUCUCAAACAAAGCUGAACCUCGGGCUCGUCAUGGAAGUGAACCGUUCACUGGAUAUUGAUCUUGAAGCCCGCGUUGAGACAGUUGACGCUGCACUUGUCUCAUCGCUCAUGCAAAUACCUUCCUCUCAGGAUAGCACCUCUUUCGACAGCUCGAAUAUCGAUGAAAUGCUCUUCCAAGCAGAGAUGAUCAACUACCUAGCAUUGAUAUACCUUCACCAUCCCCGUUCCAGCAUGCGCUUUGCUUCUUUCCACGCUCGCACAUGGUGCACUCGGCUCCGGAUCUGCAACAACAAUCCGCCACCUACGGACCUGGAUCUGCACUCGCAGAAGUUCUUGCGGGCGGCGGAUAUGUUAUCCAACCUUGUCACUUUACCCAGUACGAUCAAGUCCCGGACUCCUUUCUUUACAUGCGCCCUGGCAAUGUGUGUUAUUGUGCACACGGCAGCAUGCCUGGUCAUGUCCGCCCCUGAAAAGGUCGAGUCGCUCAAGACGCGAAUUCAACUAAGCAUUGGGGGCUUGAAUAUGCUGGGCAAGUCCUGGCCGUUGGCGAAGAUGGUGAGGCAGCAGAUGGUGAACAUGUAUCAAGAGGUCGGGCUGCGCUGA